CUUACGAGCAGUGCAGGCGAGCAGUAAUCGCGAGACAAAGGAGCGCGGCGGCGUUUAAAAAACUUCCGCGGGCUCCGAACGAACUUACGGGAAUCAUCCCCCAGAGGCGUAAGACUACACAUUUAUCAGGGAGCGAGCACUCGGCCACCCCCCUGGGAGACAAACAUCGUCGACGCCUUAUUAAUCCGGCCGAGGAGGACGCGACUCUUUGAAGAAAUUAAAAGAGCCGACGGGAUAUAGAGUGCGGGAGAGAAGACGGAGCAUUAGCAUUUUCGUCGUCGCCGUCGCCGCGCUCGCGGAGCCUAAGUACCCGACGGAUAGACAUCUCGAGGCUUGUCGGGGCUCCUUAAGAUCCAAAGUCUAUGUCUCUCCUCUUCAUUUUUAAUGUCGCUCGGCGAGAGCGCGAAUUUUUUCUCCUCUCCCCGCUCUUUGUUUUCCUGCGGAUUCGUAAGCUUUCUUUUCUCGCCUCGCAGCUCGCUCACCUUGGAUCUUCCGCGAAUUUGAUCGAUUUGCUUCGAUUAUAAUAUUUAUAUAACGCGGACACGUCCUUUGGCCUUCGAGCGUCGUCUCGUUCUUGUUUUCGGUAAAAAGCCGCGCGUGCGGCGGAUCCGACGCUCGAAAUUUCAGGGAUAAUAAUAAACCACCGACUGCAGUCGCGCGAGCGCGUUACAUAAAGCCCGCGAAUUUCGUGCAUCGGCUCACACAUCAGAUCGAAGGCCGCAGGCCACUUACGCAACGCUCGAAAAUAGGCGGCUUCGCUCCUCGGGGACCACGUGAUCGCGCGACUCUACGGAAAAAGUCGGCCUUCCGCGGCACACAGUUACUUAGUGCUUUAGUAUAGGUAGGUAGCAGUGGUUGGUAGCAGCGCAGCUGAUCGCUUAUACGCGCGCGAAACGAGGUGGUAGGUACCUACGGCUCUGCAGUGAUCGCUGGCCGCUGUGAGGAGUUGUCCAAGAGAGAGAGAGAGAUCAGAUACGGAUAGCUGUAUAUACACGUGAGGGAAUUCGGUUCCAUGUCAGUGACGGAUACGCGCGGCGAUGAGCUCGGACACGAAGAGCUGCUACAUCUGCAGUGAGAACAAGUCGAUGCCCCCGGUUUAUCUGCCCGACAAGCUCGAGGUCUUCGUGGGUAGGAGCGUCGACACCAAGAUCGCCGACCCGCACUGCUCGCGCAAGCAAGUUCGUCUGUAUGCCAGCUACGAAGACCACAAGGUGUCCGUGGAGCAGCUGGGCUCUCGAGCCUGUGGCCUGAAUGGUUUCAAGACUGAAAGAGGAGUGAGACUCGUUGCCCAGCAUGGAGACCGUCUGGAGAUCCUUUAUGGUAAACACCCUUACAAGAUUGAGUUCAAUCCAGCUCCCAAGGUAAAUACGGAGAGCGAAAAACCUAAGAAGCGACUGCUGUCACAGGAGUCUGAGGAGGAGGAUGAGCCACAGAGCUCCAAGAAAUCUAGAAUGUCUGAAGACGGCAAUGGUGAUCAGGUCAGUAUGGAGGCGGACGAAAGUGUAGAGGCUGCCAGUACGAGUUCUAGCAAUGGCACGAUGAGCAAGUCAGAGAACGGUACCUGGGAGCACUACAGUAAUAAAACUCUCUAUGUUUACACGAGCAAUGGUUGCACAGGACGCUCAAAGAUUGCAGCCUAUGACAUGGACAAAACGCUUAUAAAAACCAUAUCAGGGCUUGAAUUUCCCAAAGACUGCAACGAUUGGCAAUUGCUAUACCCAGAAGUGCCAGGCAAAAUUAAGAAAUUCUAUGAAGAUGGAUACAAAAUAGUGAUCCUGUCGAAUCAAGGCAAUUUGGGCAGUGGAAAGAUAACUUUGAAAGACUUUAAGAAAAAAAUUGAAAAACUUGUGAAGAAAAUUGGAGUUCCCAUGCAGGUAUAUCUUGCAGUGGGACAGAGUAUUUAUAGAAAACCUCGCACAGGAAUGUGGGACUUCCUGGUUCACCAGAAGAAUGAUGGAGUAUCCGUUGACAAGGAGAAUUCAUUCUACAUUGGUGAUGCUGCUGGACGGCCAGCUAAUGCAACUAGAAAGAAGAAAGAUCAUUCCUUGGCAGACAGACUGCUAGCACUUAAUUUAGGUUUAACAUUCCACACACCCGAGGAACAUUUUCUUGGACACAAACAGGCAUCUUACAAUGCUCCAUCCUUUCAUCCAAAAGAAGCAAGUAAAAACACAGUAUUAUAUGAGCCAUCGGAUAGUAAGCUUGUUUCGGACAAACAGGAAUUAGUUAUUAUGGUCGGGUGCCCUGGCUCUGGCAAAUCUCAUUUUGCAAAGACACACCUGAAGAAUUACUACUACAUAAACAGAGACACGCUCGGCAACUGGCAAAAAUGCGUUGCGAAAACGGAUGAAGCUUUAGCUCAGGGAAAAAGCGUCGUUGUCGACAAUACGAAUCCUGAUAAGGUUUCCAGAAGCAGGUACGUCCAAGUUGCGAAAAAACACAGAGUACCCGUCCGCUGCUUUGCGAUGACCUUGGACAAGGAGCACAUAAAGCACAACAAUAUGUUCCGAAUACUGACGGACCCCACGCAUCAGGCCAUAAGCGACAUGAUAAUCAACAGUUACAUUGUGACAAAGUCCCAGCUGGCCCGACGCUGUCUGAGAUUCGUGCAUCUGCUGCUUUUGUUGUGUCUCCGUUUCUACAUUCGUUACUCCAUCCGUUUCUCCAAAUCUCUCCCGACAUCUUACAGAAAGAACUUUACGCCGCCGAGCGAGGACGAGGGCUUCUCGGAGAUCGUGAAGAUCAACUUCGUGCCGCACUUCAAGUCCGAGGAGGACAGGCGGCUCUACGAGAUGUACCUCCUGGGCUGAGUGGGAGAGGGAGAGAAAGACGCGAGGCUGCUGUCAGCGCGAAAAUGGCUGAGCAGAACUGCGUUUGUAAUUCCGUACGUUGUGAAGAUGAUAACGGCUCUGUUUACUGUGUAAAUUUUCGUCCGUGAGAACUGAAAUGUCAUGUACGCACGAUACAAUAAAUUAUAUUUUUAACUUAUGAAGAGAGGAAAAA